UUUGAUCUUCUUUUCUGUUUUGUCAUGAAGAAUAGGGUCUCUAUUCUCUAGUUUACUUUUUUAUUUUUAUUUUAUUUAUUUUAGGCUUAGCAGAAACAGUGUAAAACAAGUGUUUGUUUCUGAACACAAUCUGAUAGGCCUCAAUAGGGUAAAAUUCUUUCAACAUUUAACAAGUCAAACUCAUCUGAAUUUAUCUUUAUUAUCAAGUAUUAAUUACAACCAUCAUUUUUGUAUUAAUUACUACUUUUGAAUGCUCUUCUUAUUUUCCUCUCUAUUUUUUUUAUUAUUUUUUUGGUGAUGAUUGAUUAGAGGUACUUGUGUACACAAACUGUAGAUAGAGACUUAUGUCUUCCCUUCAAAGGAAAGCCUCUCCCUUUCACAUACCAAUAACCUCAUUUUCAUUUAUGAGUAAGAUUGAAAAAAUGAAAAAAACAACAAAGAAAAAAAAGGCUAAGAGUUCUACUUUCCUCAAAGACUCUCUUGGAAGAAUCCUUGACCGUUAGAUAUAGUUCCCUAAAGCUCUCUCUCUAGAUUUAACUUUUCACAAAUUCUGAAUCUCAUAGCUACCAACCAUGAAUGAAAAAGUAAAGUUUGUAAAUUUUGCUCACUUAAUUGACCAAUAUACCCUUUAGACAUAAUACCAUAUUACACUUGCACCAAGUGCUAGAUCGGGGUUACUUUUGUAAUUUUGUCUAGUAUGUCCACCGACGCCUUCUUUCAUUAGACGGCUGUAUUUUUUCUCAUUAUUUUAUAUUUUGACAUAUUAAAUUAUUAAUUAAAUAAAAAAAAUUGGGGGAAGUAAUUUAUAGUUUAUAAGAGUAAAUUGUAUUUGUGAUUAUAAUCGAGUUUCCAUAAGAAUGUGAUAUCUUGAUAAAGUAAGAGAAAAGACUAGUGGGGCAUGGUUUAGUGGCAGCUUAAUCAUAUUCGUAUUGAUAUUGAUCUGAAGAAUUCUGCUCCUACCAAAUCAUGGUGGAAGGUGGUGGAGGUGAGGUUUCGGUUUCGGAUUCGGUUGAUGAACUUUCAACAGAAGAAUGGUUGUUGAAUGCAGAGAAGCUUGUUCCUGAGGCAAUUGAUAAAGCUAAAGAGGUUAAAGUGUUCCUGGGAAGAUGGAAGAUGAUUGUUUCGAAACUCGAACAGAUCCCUUCGCGGCUGUCGGAUUUGUCGAGCCACCCGUGUUUCGGGAAGAAUGCGCUUUGCAAGGAGCAGUUACAGGCAGUUACAAGGACUCUGAAGGAAUCAAUUGAAUUGGCUGAGAUUUGUUUGAAGGACAAGUUUGAAGGUAAGUUGAAGAUGCAAAGUGACCUUGAUUCAUUAGCCGCCAAAUUGGAUUUGAAUUUGAGGGAUUGUGGCCUCCUCAUCAAGACUGGUGUCCUCGGCGAGGUGGCCCGGCCAGAGGCGGAUGCUGCCACGCAUGGCAGCAUCAAAGAAUUGCUUGCUCGCCUCCAGAUCGGGCAUCUGGAGGCAAAGCAUAGAGCAUUGGAUAGUCUUGUGGAAGCAAUGAGGGAAGAUGAGAAGAAAGUUUUGGCGGUUAUGGGGAGAAGCAACAUUGCUGCUUUGGUUCAGUUACUAACCGCCACUUCUCACAGGAUAAGAGAGACGGCGGUUACAGUUAUAUGCUCGCUCGCGGAAUCCGGUAGCUGUGAGAAUUGGUUAGUUUCCGAAGGCGUUCUGCCGCCUCUUAUAAGGCUGGUUGAGUCCGGUAGUUUUGUGGGAAAAGAGAAAGCUGUAAUUUCUCUUCAGAGGCUGUCAAUGUCGGCGGAAACAGCCCGCGCAAUCGUCGGACACGGCGGCGUUAGGCCGUUGGUUGAGCUUUGUCAGACCGGGGAUUCGGUGUCGCAAUCCGCGGCUGCUUGUACACUGAAGAAUAUUUCGGCCGUUCCGGAGGUUAGACAAGCUUUGGCCGAAGAAGGCGUCGUUAAAACAAUAAUCAAUUUGCUUAACUGCGGAAUUCUGUUGGGAUCCAAAGAGUACGCGGCGGAGUGCUUGCAGAAUCUAACUGCAAGCAACGAGAAUCUUCGUAGGAAUAUAAUAACAGAAGGUGGCGUUAUGAGUCUUCUAGCGUAUCUUGAUGGUCCUUUGCCUCAAGAAUCCGCCGUUGGCGCGUUGAGGAACUUGGUAGGAUCUGUCCCAGAGGACACACUCGUUUCGCUCGGCUUCCUUCCAAGAUUGUCUCACGUGCUGAAAUCCGGUUCCCCGGGAGCUCAGCAGGCGGCCGCAGCCGCAAUCUGCCGAGUUUCCAGCACACCGGAGAUGAAAAAGCUAGUGGGCGAAGCCGGAUGCAUACCUCAUCUGGUAAAGAUGCUGGAGGCGAAAUCAAGCAGCGGUAGGGAGGUGGCGGCGCAGGCGAUGGCGAGCCUAAUUAGCGUGUCGCGGAAUCAGAGAGAAGUGAAGAAGGAUGAUAAGAGUGUUCCAAACUUGGUUCAGUUGCUUGAUCCAAGUCCGCAGAACAGUGCAAAGAAAUAUGCAGUUUCAUGCUUGGGAUCGCUUUCUUCAUGCAAGAAAUGCAGGAAGCUUAUGAUCUCUUAUGGCGCAAUUGGGUAUCUGAAGAAACUCACUGAGAUGGAUAUUCCAGGUGCUAAGAAACUUCUUGAGAGAUUGGAGAAAGGCAAUUUUAGAAGCUUGUUUAGCAAGAAAUAGUGAAGGAAGAAAUUUGUUAAUAUCAUUAUGCAGAAAUAGCAGAGUGAAAGAAAAAAAAAACGUGUGAAAAUGCGCAAGCUUGUUAAUUUUAUAUGUAUUACUAGUCAGUGUUAGAUUAUAUAUAUAUUUAAACUUUGUGUAUUCUAUGAUUUUCUCCCUCAUAAUACUAAGAAUCUACUUGUCUUGCAGUCAUUUUGAAUUCUGAAGAUCAGUUUUGUAAUCUAAUCUAAUCUAUGUAAUGAUUGUAAUUUGUAAUUGAGGCUCUUGAGGACUACCUCAGUAGCAUCUAAAUUAUCAUAAUCUUUUGAAGUCA